UGGAAGCCAGCAUGGCGCUAUGUUGUUGAAUUUGUUUGCUAACUUCGUCCAUGCGGUCAUCAACACGUUUUCCAAGAUUCUCAGUAGCUUUUAGUAUACUGUCUUUGGAUGUGUUGGGGUCGUUAUCAACAGCCGUACCUUUUGCUUUUUUCUCCAUAUGUGGUUUUUCAGGAGUAUUAUCAGGGGUUGUUAACAGUCUGUCCCUCUUGUUGUGAAAGGGAGGUCUUUCACUGCCGGAGGUUUCGUGUUGUUGUUUUUCUUCAUGUUCGGGCUGAAACAUCGUCAAUAUAACUCAAAGGAGUGAAAUAUAUAACUUUAAGAUUAUCAUCAUCAUCAUCACAGUUUAUUUAUAUAGCACUUUAAAAACACACAAGGCUGACCAAAGUGCUGAACAAUAGAAAUAUAAGAGAUUAUAACAUUAGUGAGGAGUUCAGACGGAUGUGACUGCUCAGCCCGCCAUCUUGCCCUGCCCCCUUUGUGUGAGGACCUUAUCAGGAGGAAGUCGGCUAAAGCUGAAGCUGCGGCCUGGCCCGUCAGGGGUACCAGUCGAAGAACUGGUUUUUGAACAACAGCAGCGUCUGGAUUUUGAAGAAAUUCAAAUGCAACAAAAUGAUGAUGAGGAGGACAGAGUUCAGGACAAGGAAGAAGAGGCUGAUAAUGAAGAGGAGGAAGAGGCUGAUGUUCCAGCAGCGGGCAUAGAAAUAAAUCCACCUCAGGAAGUAGAAGGACCUGGUAACAGUCGCCCGUCCGUCGGAUAACAGUCGCCCGUCUGUCGGGUAACCCGACGCACAGAUAUCCAUCAAGAACUGUAUUUGUCUUAUGGUGAAGCUGAGGAGAAGAACGACAGGAGAGAUGUGGGAGGUGGUGACGGUACAAAGCCCAAAUGAGACGUCCAUCCUGACAUCACCGACUCAGGACUUUCAUGAAAGCCUCCACUCUUUGCUGCUGUGGCUCGCUCACGCAGAGAGCGGACGCUACGCAGUGGACAUCGGCCACCCAGACACGACUCUCACAGCGCUGCAACAGCACAGCAACACCCUCACUGCUCUGCAAAAGGAGCUGCAGGACAGGCAGGCUCAUCAGGCCUCCCUUCAGACUCUGUGGUCUCAGCUCCAGCCUGAAGACGGCACAGAGGAGAGCAACGAGGCCCGGGAGAAACUCCACGUGACGGGGAGCAAGCUGAAGCUGCUCCUGAAGCAGGUGGACGGCGACCUCAGCAACCUGCGGCAACGUCUGGACUGUGAAUCUGCUACAGCCGCCCAGUGUCAAAGUGUUUCUCAGGAGGCUGCAAAUUCAAAGAAAGGCUCCUCCACUCAAAGAGAGAAGCGGGAAUCGUCUCCCCCUCGAUCCUUCUUCUACCGGGCCCUGCGUGCCGCCUUCCCUCUUCAGCUCCUGCUGCUGCUCCUCCUGCUCCUGCCCUGCCUGAUUCCAAUGUCGGAAAGUGACUCCACCCUUACCAAUAACUUCGCCCGGUCCUUCUACCCCAUGUUGCAUUACCCCAACGGCCCACUUGAUUGUAAUAUCCCUCAGGGCUCUAUACUGGCCAUUUGCCCGGCUGAGAGUGACAUUGAAAGUGUCCUUGAGAGUGGUCCUGACAGUGACACCGAUCACAGUGACACUGACGACGACACUGAUAACAACAACAGUGAUAACAAUGACACUGAUGAGAAUGACAAUGAUGAUGGUGGAGACAAUGUUCAGGAUGGCCCUGUGCCACUGGCCUCCAGCCCAGUACUGGGAGGUUCAAGGAGGAGACCAAGGGAGGAGGAGGAUGAUGAAAAAGAAGAUGGGGCACCUGGACAUCUAGCAAACUAA